CGCCUGGAUGAGGAAGUGAGCGGAAGGCUGUAACCGAGUGGAUGAGGAAGCGAGCGACAGUCCAGCUGUUUUAGCGCCUAGCAUAAAGCGGAUGUUUAGCGUUUUCCGUUAAGAGUGUCAACUAAUCAUCAUGUCCAAGAACACCGUCUCCGACCGAUUCCGCAAAGUGGAUGUAGAUGAAUACGACGAGAACAAGUUUGUAGACGAGGAGGAUGGAGCAGAGAACCAGCUGGGUCCGGAUGAAGCAGAAGUAGAUUCCCUGAUCAGACAAGGGAACCUGAUGGGAGCCUUGCAGGCAGUGCUGAAAAACCCACCAAUCAACACCAAGAAUCAGAAUGUCAAGGACCGUGCUGAGGGACUGGUGCUGAAAGUGCUCAGUUCCUUCAAAGCAAGUGACAUAGAGAAGGGAGUGCAGUCUCUGGAUAAGAAUGGCGUGGACCUGCUGAUGAAGUACAUCUACAAGGGCUUCGAGCGGCCGUCGGAAAACAGCAGCGCCAUCCUGCUCCAGUGGCACGAAAAGGCUCUCUCUGUAGGAGGCGUGGGCUGCAUCGUCAGAGUACUGACUGCACGGAAAACCGUCUAAAACAUCCUCCCGCUCCACUGCUCCCGCAAACGGCAAACCACAGACGGGCCGACCCGCUGACCUGCCUGUCCGCUCAGAACAAAGACCAGAUAUACACAGGGUGCUGCGAACAACUCACACGUCACUUCGCUUUCUUUUACUCUCCACCCCCGUCUGCCUUCUUUCUUUCUCUCCAUAUCUCUCACACGGACAUCACCACGCGUGCCGUCGACUUCUUUUUUCUUUUUUUUUUUUACGAUCCCUUCAGCUUCUCUCAGGAAGGCAUCGCACCUUAUGUAUUCGAGCAGAGUAUGAUUUAAAAUCUCUUGUCAUGUGAUUAAAUAUGAUUUAGCGCUUCUUUCCAUCUCCUCGUGUCACACUUGCACCAGUCGCACCAGGCUUUCAGCAGUUUCAGUUAUUUCUUGCUGUAUUUAAACAACCAAAGGGCGUCGGCUGCUUUAUGACACGAAUGAAUACGUUAUAUAACACGACGUAGGUGCAUAUUAAACUUCUGACGCCGCCUUCUUUGCAUCGCUGGGCGUUUCUGUCUGGGCAAAGAGCAUUAAUCCUGUUCUUGUGUAGACGAUAUACAUUUUACUACAUCUGUGUGUAUCUUAAAGAGGCAUUCCAGAAAAGUUAUUGUGUAUUAUUAAUCUGUAGCGCGGUAAUGCAUCUAUUAGUGUUUUGGGCAGAACUGUUAAGGUUUUUCUUCUCAGUCACUUUAACACACCAAAUCUAUCAUGGCAUCAAGCAAGCAGUCGUUAAUGUAUCCUAUAAUGCAAGUGAAAUUAAAAGAACAUUUUUUUUUAAUUCAAACCACAACUUACAAGUAUCAAUAUUCUGAUAUUCUGGUGUCACUUACACACAGGAUUGAGGUGCUAAAUCCAUCGUCUUUAAACGUUCUCAUAUCAUGCUGGUAAAUUUUUUGGAAAAAGUCAGAUUCUUGAAACAAAUGUGAAUUAUAAGCCCAUUUUUUUUUCCACGAUAUGCUGCUUUAAAGCUAAAACCUUU